GUUCUUUUCUGGGAGCUGAGGCAAACAAGCUGAGAGGAGCCGCUGCUGCUGCUGCUGCUGCUCGACAGAAGAACAGACCUAACAGCGGGGGCCAGGGUGCAACAAAAGAGGCUCCCUGGAAAACAUUUACAUGAUCUGUAGAAAAUUAACCCUCGGAUUUGGCCGCUGAGCAGCACAAGUCAUGUACCAAGUGGUGCCAGGAGGAGCCGGGGGCACGAUUACGGAUGUUAUCCCCAAGCAGAAACACAGCAAGGACACUCGACCCUUAGUCGGGGCUGGCGUAAUCGGCCUGGUGCUGGUAAUUGCAGCGGUGACUGCGUGGUGUUAUUACAUCGCCUCUAUACGCAAAGCUGAGCUGCUUAAGACUCAGCUGCUGGAUCUGAAUAAAGAUGGCUACAUUAUCCGCAACCAGGGAGGCUCCAUUGUUUUCAGAAUGGAUUUCAGGUCAGGGACCCUGGAUUUGGACUCUUGCUCUAAAGACCGUGAGAUGCUGAGCUGUGGACGUACCACAGAUAGAAAACUGAACUUCUUCAUUGAGACAGUACAACCUAAGGACACGGUACAGUGCUACCGUGUGCGUUGGGAGGAACUGGUUCCUGACAUUCCUGUUGAGCAUGCCAUGACUUACAAGUUUGCACAUUGGUAUGGUGGUGCUGUGUCAGCAAUUCAGCACUGGCCCAUUUCUAUUUCUGGCCAACAAACUCCCAAACCGUUUGUUACUAGUGACAACUACAAAAACCGCAAUGAAUUUGGUGGUAUUUUAGAGAGUUAUUGGCUUUCGUCCAAUGCUACAGCCAUCAAGAUCAAUAAUUCUGUGCCCUUUCACCUGGGCUGGAAUGAGACAGAGAAGACCAUGUCCUUCCAGGCCCGGUACAAUGACAGUCCCUUCAAGCCGAACCCAGGGGAGGCUCCGUGUGCUGAACUUAGCUACAGAGUCUGUGUGGGCUUGGAUGUGACAUCCAUGCACAAGUACAUGGUCCGCAGGUACUUCAACAAGCCAAACAAAGUGCCAGCCAAAGCCAUGUUUCGCCAUCCGAUUUGGUCGACUUGGGCACUACAUAAGACUAAGAUAGACCAAGAGAAAGUCUUGGCGUAUGCUGCUAACAUUCGCAAGCAUAACUUCAAUUGUAGCCACCUAGAACUAGACGACCGCUACUCGAGCCGCUACGGGGAAUUUGAGUUUGACACGACAAAGUUCCCCAAUGCCUCAUCCAUGUUUCAAAAGCUGAAAUCAGAUGGAUUUCUGGUGUCACUCUGGAUCCACCCUUUUGUGAACUAUGACUCCGACAACUUCCACGCGUGUGUAGAGAGGGGCCUGUUCGUCAUGGAGCCAACAGGACGUCUACCAGCUUUGGUGCGUUGGUGGAAUGGCAUCGGCGGCAUUUUGGAUUUCACAAAUCCAGAGGCCCGUGAUUGGUUUUCCUCCCAGCUACGCUCACUGCGCUCCAGGUAUGGGGUGACAUCUUUUAAAUUUGAUGCAGGGGAGACCAACUACUUACCAUGGAAAUUUAGCACAAAAACUCCUAUUCGAGACCCAAGUUUCUUCACAAGACGUUACACGGAAAUGGCUAUUCCCUAUAAUGAUAGAGCUGAGCUGCGCAGUGGUUACCAGUCCCAGAACAUUUCCUGUUUCUUCAGACCAAUUGAUCGAGACUCUGUGUGGGGCUAUGAGUUGGGUCUCAAGUCUCUCAUCCCCACAGUGCUCACCAUUAGCAUUCUUGGCUAUCAGUUCAUUCUACCGGACAUGAUUGGAGGCAAUGCCUAUCUGAACCGCACGGAAGGAAGUCGCAUAUUACCUGAUCGUGAACUCUAUAUCCGCUGGCUGGAGCUGUCGGCCUUCAUGCCCUCCAUGCAGUUUUCUAUUCCGCCAUGGGAAUAUGACACGGAGGUGGUUGAAAUUGCACGGAAAUACACAGCUCUCCAUGAAAGUCUUGUGGCACCACGGGUCCUGGAGCUGGCUGGUGAGGUGCUGGACACUGGAGACCCAAUCAUACGGCCCCUGUGGUGGAUUGCCACAGGUGAUGAGACAGCCUAUAAAAUCGACUCCCAGUUCCUGAUUGGGGAUGACCUCAUGGUAGCUCCAGUUUUAGAGCCCGGAAAGCAAGAGCGUGACAUCUACCUCCCUGCUGGCCGUUGGAGAAGCUACAAGGGGGAGAGAUUUGAUAUCAAGGAGCCACUGCACCUCACAGACUAUCCAGUAGACCUGGAUGAAAUAGCUUACUUUGUUUGGGUGUAGCAAAAAGGGAAUGCAAAGCUGUAAAAUACGUAUGUAUUGCAAUAAGUGUUUAUAAUGCUUCUUAAUUCAACUUUUCAUUUUUACAAGGGAGAAUGUUUAAUCUUUUUAAAGUUACAUAUUUCAGGCUUUGAAGGUCUUUUAUAUCAUGUAUAUGAAACAUUUGUCAAAAAGGGAAUAUGCAAGCAGGGAUUUGAUAAGGCACAAUCGCAAUGGUAGACCAUAAAGAUUUUGAAUGUCACAGUACUUAGUAGUUAACUAGUCAGUCCAUUACUUUAGGACACUCAUCUAAAACUGUCAGACGACUAUGCACUUGCUUGUGACCUCAGCAACACACACACAUUGAAGUUGUUUGGAUGAGUGUUUGUAGAGAAAAAAGAAAUAUAGAAAUACAGGGAGACACCGAUACCUUUAAGUUAACAUAGGCCGAACGAGUUGUAUGAUGCAAGGUUGAUAUAAGGGUUUCAUUAUUGUCAUGAGGCCGUUAGACUACAUUCAACUGUAUCGAUAAAGAUUCCCAGUUUGACUGAGAUAUCCCAUUUUGCCUUUGACACUAAUGAAUCUGUACUCAUUUGCUUAAACAUACUUUUCAGGAAGUUGGGUUUUAUGUUUCACUUUUCAGCGUGAACGCUUGAAAGUUAAUCCCUACAAAUUGCAUGUGCUUUGUGUGUAACACAGUGUCAUGUAACGUCACUUAGCCCAGAAGAAGGUGCCUUUUAUUAGGCACUAAAUACUUAAUGCUCUUCCUCAGGUAACAGUUUUCUCAGGCUGGAGUGUGUUUAAUGUUCAGAGAAAACAAAGCACACAUGCAGGUAACUGAUACUAAUGAUGUCUAAACAUUGACACAUCUACUACUUACAAGAUAAUGAGCAUCGCUUGGCUUUUUAAAAUUCUCAAACAUAAUAAUCUAAAUAAUAAUGGUUGGUUCUUUUUAUAUCCAGACUUAUUUUACAGUGUGGAAGUCCAUAUACGUAAUGGAUUUAGCCUCAUUUAAUUAAUCACGUUAAAUGGUACAGUGUGUUUUGUCUUUGUGUUUGUUAAUGUGAAUAUUUUGUCUCUGCAGCGACUCGAUUGCCAUGAGUUAAAAAUAAUUGCCACAUAAUCUAUAUGAUUUUUGUUAUGCUAUGCAUUUAUUAUUGUUUUACUGUUGCAUACAAUUCUUAAUUUAUAUUAUUAUUAUUGGUGAGUAACCACAUCUCCUAACGUUGUCUUAAAAUUGUCAUCAUAUACCAAAUGAAAAGAUGAACUACAUUGGUAAAAUCAUGUAUCUUGGCAUCUACAGAUCAAACUGAUGUGUGUGACUGGGUGACAGCAAUUCUAAUAUCAAUUAUAAUAUGUAUUAAUAUCAUUAUCAUACAUUUUUUAUUCUAUAGGAUUUUAAAUCAUGUGACUAAAAUUUAAAUUGUUUCGGGUGAUAUCCAUUUUUUUACUUUGUUUGUUGGGAGAUUUUUAAUUGAGAUUUCGGCUGAGUUUUCAAGUUGCAAUGAAAACAAUUAUUGUGUGUUUGUGAAUUAAGGAAAAGGAAACGUCCACAUUCCCAGGGUGCAAUUUUCACAUUUGGCAAUAUUUGCUUGUAUUUGUGUUUUAAUGCCGUCUGCCUUUCAGACCCGUGUUAACUUUGGUGUGUGCUUGUACACAUGUUGACCUCGGUGGAUUUUGUUUGUGCCUUUUGCCGUAGUGUCAUCAUAACAGCGCCGCCUAUUUAUAGCAGUUCUCACUCAGCAUCUGGGCCAGGCCAAUCUCCGAGGCUAUAUCUGUCUCAGACUGUUGCUUUAUGACGAGACUGAGAGGCUCUUUUGGACUGAAUGUCUCUUUGCUGGUGGCUCCUGUGAUCCAGCGUGUCCAGUUUGCUUCAGGUUAUUGUGGCUUCAGGUUGGCAACAUUUUCAUGCACCUAAAGGUCUGCAGCAAUUUCAGAAAGAGUGCAUGUUUGAUGUCCUAUGCGAUACAAAUGUAUUAAAAAGAAUUUUGAAUAUAA